AUGAAACAUUUGUUGUGUGCAAAGGAUCUCCUGUGGCAAGGUUAUAAUAAUAUUGUGUGUUGCUCCUCAGGUGAACACCAGAUGGAGCUGUUGGACUUUGUCGCAGCCAAAUUCCACGAGGAAGGAGGAGUGUUCAAACUAUUGAUCAUUGACUCCAUCAUGGCUCUGUUCAGAGUCGACUUCUCUGGACGAGGAGAGCUGGCUGAGCGGCAGCAGAAACUGGCCCAGAUGCUCUCCAGACUGCAGAAGAUCUCUGAAGAAUACAACGUAGCAGUGUUUCUCACCAACCAAAUGACAGCUGAUCCUGGGGCAGGAAUGAG